AUGACCCAUGACUUCUUCACAGAACAGCCGAUCAAAGGUCUAACAGCCGACGUGAACCAUUCUUCGCAGACACCGGCUGACUGUUUCAAAGGCGCUCGCAUCUACUACAUCCACCGAGUACUGCACGACUGGCCAGAAGAUAAGGCACGAGAGAUCCUCUUGAACUUGAAGCCAGCUUUUGCUCAAGGGCACAGUCGGCUGGUCGUCAACGAAGUAGUCUUGCCUCCAAGUGGAGCAACAUCCGACCAGACGAGCCUCGAUCUCACGAUGAUGGCUCUCGUGUCCGGCGAAGAGCGCUCGGAAAAGGCGUGGAGCGACUUGAUAGAGUUUUGCGGCUUCCGCAUCUAA